AGAGAUAGAAGUCUGAUGUUCCAGCAAGUACCAAUGGUGGACAUCGAAGGAAUGAUGCUGGUGGACCAGACCAGAACCAUUCUCAACUACAUGGCCCUCAAAUAUGACCUCUACGGGAGAGACCUAAAGGAGAGAGCCCUGAUAGAUAUGUAUACAGAAGGUAUGGCAGAUUUGAAUGAAAUGAUCAUUGUUUUGCCUCUAUGCCCACCUGAUCAAAAAGAUGCCAAGAUUGCCCUGAUCAAAGAGAGAAUGACAGAUCGUUAUCUCCCCGUGUUUGAGAAAGUGUUAAAGAGCCAUGGACAAGACUACCUUGUUGGCAACACGCUGAGCAAGGCUGACAUUCACCUGGUGGAACUUCUCUACUAUGUGGAAGAGCUUGACCCCAGCCUUUUGGCCAACUUCCCUCUGCUGAAGGCCCUGAAAACCAGAAUCAGCAAUCUCCCCACCGUGAAGAAGUUUCUGUAGCCUGGCAGCCCGAGGAAGCCUCCCAUCGAUGAGAAAAGUUUAGAACAAGCCAAAAAUUUUCAGGAUUAAAUGAAG